CAUGUAAAAAAACAACGGAAUUGUCAACAAUGGGAAAGAGGAGGAGAAGAAAGCCAGUAGAAAACAUGAUCAGCUUGGAGGCAUCAAGACACUGCCAUUCAUCCUUGCAAAUGAAAUAUGUGACAGAUUUGCAGCCACUGGAUUUCAUGCCAAUAUGAUAACGUAUUUGACACAGCAGCUGAACUUGCCACUGGUUAAGGCCUCUAAUACCCUCACAAACUUCAGUGGAACGGCUAGCUUCACUCCCCUUAUUGGUGCUUUGAUUGCUGACUCUUUUGCAGGCCGCUUUUUGACCAUCAUAAUCGGUUCCAUUAUCUAUGAACUGGGAAUGAUCAGCAUUACUAUAUCAGCAGCGCUGCCAUCUCUCCGACCACCUCCAUGUCCAACCCAACAAAAUUGCAAAGAAGCCCCAAGUUCACAAUUAUGGGUCCUCUACACAUCCCUCAUACUCACCUCUCUUGGCACUGGUGGCAUUAGGCCUUGUGUGGUUACGUUUGCAGCGGACCAAAUCGAUAUGACCAAAUCAAGUGUUAAUUCUCGCCGAUGGAACUUCUUCAACUGGUACUAUUUUAGCAUGGGAAUGGCAACAUUAAUUGCCUUGACGAUUGUAGUUUAUAUACAAGAUAAUGUGGGUUGGGUUUGGGGUCUUGGAAUCCCAACCGUAGCCAUGGCGUUAUCUAUUGUAGCUUUUGUAGUUGGUUAUCCGCUUUAUAUCAAGUUAAAACCAGGCGGUAGCCCUUUGGUCAGAUUGGCUCAAGUGAUCGUUGCUGCUGCGAAGAAGAGGAAAAUACCAGUGCCAGAUGACCCUAGGCUCUUGUACCAGAAUGGGGAGCUUGAUGCUGCUAUUUCUACCGAUGGAAGACUUUUGCACACCAAUCAGUUCAAGUGGUUUGAUAAAGCUGCAAUUGUGACAAAAGAUGAUGAGCAAACAGCUUCGAAGACGCUCAAUCUUUGGAGGCUAGCUACAGUCCACAGAGUUGAGGAGCUAAAAUCCAUCAUAAGAAUGCUACCCAUUUGGGCAUCUGGGAUCUUACUUGUAACAUCUUCUUCACAUCUGCAAAGCUUUGUUAUCCAACAAGCUCGCACUAUGGAUCGUCAUUUGUCACGUUCCUUCGAAAUCCCACCAGCAAGCUUAUCCAUCUUUAGUAUUCUAACAAUGCUCACAGGACUCGUCUUCUAUGAACGCGUUUUCGUCUCCUUUGCUCGUCGUUUUACUGGAAACCCCUCAGGCAUCAGUUGCCUACAGAGAAUGGGCAUAGGCUUUUUUGUUAACAUAAUUGCAACUAUUGUUUCAGCAUUAGUUGAGAGCAAAAGAAAAGCAGUAGCUGCCCAUCACAACUUACUGGAUAAUGCUAAAGCCAUUAUUCCAAUAAGUGUGUUUUGGUUAGUUCCUCAAUUUUGCCUUCAUGGAGUAGCAGAAGUUUUCAUGUCUGUUGGGCACUUGGAGUUUCUUUAUGGUCAAGCACCUGAAAGCAUGAGAAGCACCGCUGCAGCUCUCUAUUGGAUAGCUAUUGCAAUGGGAAAUUAUAUAGGUACGCUUAUAGUUUCAUUAGUUCACAGGUACACUGGCCAAGAAAAUAAUUGGUUGCCGGAUAGGAAUCUUAACAGGGGAAGAUUAGAUUACUAUUAUUGGCUUGUAACAGGUAUCCAAGUCGUAAAUCUUGUUUAUUAUGUAAUUUGUGCUUGGUUGUAUACUUAUAAACCCUUAGAAGAGGCCAAGGAAGAAGAGAAAAGGUUGAAUGAUGAAAAUGGGGAUAAAGAGAUGGAGCUCACUAGAAAUGAGAUAUUCAGGGUUGCUUAGACUGUUACAUCAUGUAUAUAAUAACAACUCGUAAUCCCACCAAUUA